AUGAGAAAUCACAAGUCUCAGAGCUGCACCGAAAUUCAAGCAGACAUUGUGCUCCUUGUUGACUUAUCUGAAGGCAUCGAACAGAGCGAAGUGAGGAAGUUCCUCCAUUUUUUUGUGGACAGUUUUGACCUUGGACCCGACAAGGUGAGAGUGGGACUUGCUCAGUACAGUGACAGACCAUACCAAGAGUUCCUGCUCGGUGACUAUUCAGAUAAGAGAGACUUGCACCAAAAGUUGAAUGAACUCAUCUACCGUAUAGGAGGCACCAACACUGGUCAGGCUCUGACUUUCAUCCGUAAGAGUUACUUUAGACAGGCCAGAGAGAAAGUUCCUGGCAUUGCCAUAGUCAUCACAGAUGGGGAAUUAAAUGAUGAUGUGGAGGAACCUUCCCGGAGAUUAAGAGUCCUAGGAGUUUCCAUCUUUGUCAUCAGGGUGGUAAAGGGCAACAUGGAAAAACUGCGUACCAUUUCUAAUAUCCCACAUGAAGAGUUCUUAUUCAGUAUCGACAGUUAUCAAGAACUGCAAGGUCUAAAAGAAAGUCUACGCAACAAGGUGUGCUCAACUGUGACGCUCCAGUCAAAAGCUCUUGAGCCAACAUUUGCUGAUCUCUUCAUAUUGGUUGAUAGUUCAGCAUCUAGACAAGAGCAGCAAAUAAUAAGGAAUUUUCUUCAAAGACUGAUCCAGCAGCUCAAUGUGGGAAAGAAUACUAAUCGUGUCGGCCUGGCUCAGUUCAGCGAAAAUGUCAAAGAGGAGUUCUUGCUAAAUACCGAUAAGACCAGGAAUGAGAUUUUGUCAUCUAUUCGCAGCCUGACACUGAGGCCUACAGGGGAGCGUAGAAUUGGCAAUGCAAUUGAAUAUGCUCGUAAAAAUUUCUUCAGUACUGCCACUGGAAGCCGAGUCUCUGAAGGCUUUAAGCAGUUUCUGUUAGUCAUUUCAGCUGGAGAAUCCGCCGAUGGUGUAAUCCAAGCAUCCCGCACAAUCAAAGAAGAUGCAGUGACUGUUUUUGCUGUUGGCUUGAGCAAAGCUGAUGCAAAUGAAAUGAAGGACAUCUCUAGUCAAACACACAGCUACAAAUUAGUAGGUAACAUCCAACAAGUACUACAACAAAUUACGUCUGCCAUUGACAAAUGGGAAAAUGCUGCUGUCACAAAUGAGUGGAUGUUUGACAGGGUGGCAGAUAUUGCUUUUAUUGUUGAUCAGUGCGAAAAUAUCAGAUCUGAAAAAUUCCAACUCGUGCGCAACUUUCUCAAGAACACCAUCGGAGGUCUCGAUGUGGGUGAGGGAAAAAUAAAAAUAGCUGUGGUUCUCUAUAGUGACGUCCCUCGAGCGGAUGUCUACUUCGACACCUUUGAUAAUAAGACUGACAUCCUGCGCUACAUCAGCACCAUGCCAUUUGGUCGUGUUAAAACAUACACUGGAGCUGCUCUCAAGUUUGCCAAAGAGAAAGUGUUCACCCAAAAAAGAGGCAGCAGAAAAGAUCAGAAUGUUCAGCAGGUUGCUGUUGUGAUCACUGAUGGAAAGUCAUCAGAUGAGGUGGCCAGGGCUGCAGCAGCAUUGCGGCGAUCUGGCGUCACUGUAUUUGCGCUUGGUAUCAAAGACACAGAGGAGGAGGACUUGAGAGCGAUUGCAUCCUAUCCAUAUAAAAAGUUUGUUUUCAAUGUGAAAGACUUUGAUAAACUAAAUUCAAUUUCAAAUAUUUUAAUCAGAACACUUUCCAAUCAAAUCACAGAUUCCUUCAUACCUACAGGAUCACAGCGCUUUGCAUUAGAAGGUUGUAAGCAAGCAACCAAAGCCGACAUAUACUUUCUUUUGGAUGAUUCAGGAAGUAUUCAAAAUACUGAGUUUGCUGAUAUGAAGGCCUUUACUAAGCAAUUGCUUGAAGCAUUUGAGAUUGGACAAAACCAUGUGCGCUUUGGGUUGGUGACAUUUGCAAGCCGCGCAACAACAGUUUUUCGAGUACAUGAAUAUAACACAAAAGCUGAUAUCGAAAAUGCAGUGACAUCCCUCAUACAUAAGGGAGGGGGCACCAGGACUGAUCUGGGAUUGAGAGAAAUGAUCCCACUUUUCGGAGAAGCAGCACGAACACAUGGGGAAGAGGUCCGAAAGCUCCUGAUUGUCAUCACGGAUGGCGAGUCAAUAGGGACAGACGAGCCUGUAGAAGUACCUGCUAAUCUGCUGAGAACAGAACAUAAUGUCAUCAUUUAUGCUAUUGGUGUGAAAAAUGCAUCUGUGCCAGAGCUGGAAUUAAUAUCUGGCAGCCCACAAAGAACAUUUUAUGUCAAAAACUAUUAUUUACUUGAUGAAAUCAAGAAAGGGAUGAUUACAGAAAUAUGCGGUUGUGAAGGUCUUUUUGCAGAUGUUGUCUUCCUGCUUGAUGGAUCAGAAAGCGUCCAUGCUGAGGACUUUGAAAAUAUGAAGGAGAUAAUGAAGCUUGUGAUAGAUAAGUUUGCAACUGGACCAUUCAAGGAGCGUGUUGCGGUUGUUCAGUAUGGCACAAACACAAAGGAGGAGUUUUCCUUAAAUACAUUUGAUAAUAAAGAUGCAUUAUCAAAGGAAAUUAGGAAUAUUAAAAAGAUGAAUGGAGAAACAAACACUGGAAAAGCACUUACAGAUGUAUUAAAUUUUUUUGACAUUUCUAAAGGAGGACGCUGCGGUGCUUUAAAGUUCUUGAUAGUUCUUACAGAUGGAGAGAGUAGGGAUGAUGUAGCCGAGCCUGCUAAAGUCUUGAGAGACAGUUUCACCAACAUUAUUGCCAUUGGUAUGAAACAUGCAAACAGAUCUCAGAUUCUUGACAUUGCUGGAUCCCAUAAUGGAUCCGAAGAAGGAGCAUUCUUUGAAGAAACAUUUGUUUCCUCAAGAGAGUUAAGUAAUGCCAUCCGUCCUACGAUCUGCAACACAGAAUGCAAGAUGAAAACCAUUAUUGACAUAAUCUUCCUUGUUGAUGCCUCUGGAAGCUUCAAUAAAGAUGGUUUUCAAGAAAUUAUGAACCUAAUUAAAUAUAUUGUGAGAAAAUCUGCAGUUGGAGAAAAGCGGGUACGAUUUGGGGCCAUCACCUACUCUGACAACCCGCAGUUGGAGUUCACACUAAAUCAGUACUACAGUCAAACUGAUAUUCUGAGGGUUAUCUCAAACCUCAAAGCUUCAGGAGGAAGCAGAAACACAGCCCGAGCCCUGAUGUAUACACUCAACUACUUUGAUAAAAAACAUGGUGGACGACGGGAAGAGAAUGUUCCCCAAGCGCUAUUUCUGAUUACAGAUGGCAAGGCUAAUGACAUUGAUAGUCUGGGAAAUUGGCUUGUUACCCUGGCAGCGUCAAAUGUCACCUUUUUUGCUAUUGGUAUCAAAGAAGCUGAUAAGACACAGCUAAAUCAGACAGUGGGAUAUGAAGGAACAAUGCACUAUGCGAACAACUACAAGGAUCUGUGUGGACUACAAACACAGGUCGCCCAAGAGAUCUGCGAACCAAUUUGUGAGAAGAAACAAUUAGACCUUGUUUUUUUAAUUGAUGGAUCAGAGAGUAUUAAAACGUAUCAGUGGGAUGCUAUCAAAAGAUACAUGAUUGGCAUUGUGAGAGAGCUGGAUAUUGCUCAAGUCAAAUGGCGAGUGGGUGUUGCCCAGUUCAGCGAUAUAUUCAUGCACCACUUUUACCUGAACACAUACAAUAGUUUUGUAGAAGUGAAGGAAGCUAUAAAAUAUAUUGUUCAGCGAGUACAGGGCACAAGUACUUGGGACGCCCUGAGAAAUAUUCGAUACUACUUCACAAAAGAGAAUGGAUCCAGAAUAGAUGAAGGAGUCCCUAAGAAUCUCCUGCUGAUCACAGAUGGGGAUAAUAGAGAAACGGAAGAUUGGACUACAGUAGAGUAUCUCAGAAACAAUAGCAUAUACAUAACUGCCAUUGGAAUAGGCAAAGAUGCAAAUAAACCUUUGCUGUCUAGAAUAUCUGGAGGGAAUACGGUCCUUAUAGAUACCUAUGAAGGCCUUUCACUGAAGAUGAACAUAAGGAGAGUGUUACAUUUCCUCUGUGAAGACAGAGACAUACCCGAUAUUCCCACACCUGAUUGUGAUAUUGACAUUGCCUUUGGGUUUGACGUGUCCAGACGAACAAGCACACAACCUCUGUUCAGACCUCAGGUGGAACAGUUGAUUUCUGCAGCCAUCCAUCAUAUCUCCAUGAUUGGUGAUCUGUGCUGCAUCGUAAAGGACAAGAUUACAACUAGAUUUGGCUAUAGGCUUGUAUCUGGGACAGAUGGGAGUGUUCUGGAAAAUUAUGGCUUUGAGAAGUACAGAGAAGAUUUGGUGAAGAAAGUGAUGUCAUGGCGACCUACGGCACAGCUGGACUUCAACAAGCUUCUGUUAGAUUCCUUCAGAGAAAUGUUAGCCUCAUCCAAAGCCAAGGCAAAGGUUUUGAUAAUCUUCACAGACGGGCUGGAUGAUGAAAUUGAGCAUUUAAAGGAGAGAUCAGAGGAACUUAGGCAAAGUGGGGUCAGUGCACUACUGAUUGUGUCUUUGGAGGGAACAGUAGACUUUCACGAGCUGGAAUUUGGCAGAAGUGUCGGCCCAUCGCAGCCACUGACCAUCAACAUGCUAAAUUUAGGCAACGCUCUUAUGAAACAGAUUGAAACAGUAGCGCUGAGGGAAUGCUGUGAUGUGCCUUGUUCAUGCACUGGUGUACCUGGACCACGAGGACCCCCUGGAAGCUCGGGAGAAAAGGGCUUUGAUGGUCAGAAGGGCCAUCCUGGAUUUCCAGGAGAUGAAGGUAGUAUGGGAGAGAGAGGAUCUCCAGGACCGAAUGGAUCUAAGGGACACAACGGUUGCCGCGGAAACAGAGGAAUGAAGGGCCAGAGAGGCAUCGGUGGAAAUAAAGGAGAAGCUGGGGACGAUGGGCUGGAUGGAGUGGAUGGAGAACAGGGUGAAGCUGGCCUAAAUGGGCUUCCAGGACCUAAAGGAGACCCGGGCAGUGCUAAUAUGAAGGGUUUCAGAGGCAGUCCUGGACCUAAGGGACACAGCGGAGUGAGAGGAGAUCCUGGUGCACCAGGAAGAGACAACACAUUCCGAGGUCCAAAAGGCGAGAGGGGAGAUACUGGGCUCCCGGGUGACCAGGGCCUUCCUGGAGCCUCAGGCAGACCUGGAGAUAAUGGUGAUCCUGGUGCUCCAGGAAGAAAAGGCCGACCAGGAGCGCCGGGUUUAUCUUCAAAUGCAAAAGGAGAAGCUGGACAGCCAGGGCUUCCUGGUUAUCCUGGACAAAUGGGACAACCAGGCUCGAACGGGUUUCAAGGAGACAAAGGUCCUCCGGGUGUACCUGGAAUGCAGGGUCCCUUUGGCCAAACUGGACCUGAAGGUUCAAAAGGAGGUCGAGGACCCAGAGGGCCAAGGGGUCCACCGGGUGACCCCGGGCUCAAGGGAUCACCGGGACCAGAGGGAUUCAAAGGACCUCUGGGACAAGAUGGAAGAGACGGGUAUGGACCUGCAGGGCUCAAAGGACACAAGGGAAACAAUGGAUACUUUGGCCUCCCUGGUUUGCAGGGUGAGGAUGGUACCAAGGGAUCCAGUGGAAGUAAAGGACAUAAAGGUUAUCGAGGAAAACCGGGUAACACGGGACGUCCGGGUACUGAAGGUCCUCCAGGAGACAAUGGGAUAGAUGGACACAGGGGUGAAAAAGGUCCUCCUGGAAUCAGUCCGUUGCCUGAAUGUGAACUGGUCGAAAACAUACGCAAAAACUGUCCUUGCUGCUCCGGUAAUGGUACCCAGUGUCCAGUUUACCCCACAGACCUGGUGAUAGCUUUGGACAUGUCUUCGGGUGUAACUCCUCAAGUUUUCCAGCGGAUGCGUUCUGCGGCUCUUUCCUUAUUGGAAGACAUUUCCAUUGCUGAAACAAAUUGUCCACAAGGAGCACGGGUGUCUCUGAUCGCCUACAACAGCGAGUCCAGGAUCCUGAUCCGUUUCACAGACCACCAUAAGAAGAAGACCCUUCAUGAAGCUGUAAGAACAUUCACUCUAGAGAGAACCACAAAAACCAGAAACAUCGGACAAGCCAUGAGCUUUGUGGCUCGGAACAUCUUCAAACGUGUCCGAAGUGGCAGGCUUAUGAGGAAAGUGGCUGUGUUCUUCACAAACGGGCCGUCGAGGGAUGACUCGAGCCUUGCAACAGCCAUGCUGGAGUUCAGGGCUGCAGACAUUGGCCUUGGAGUGAUCGCCUUAAAUCCUGCUGAUGAUGUGACCCGAGCAUUGCAGGUUGAUGACACAGGAAGCUACAUUAUCGUUGAUGGCAGAGGAGUAAAUCGCAUUAAACAGUGCAUCAUUUGUUUUGAUCGUUGUAACCCAGACCCAGUGUGUGGUGUAAUUCCGCGGCCUUCACCCCUGCAGAUGGAUUUGGAUCUGUCUGUGCUGAUGGAUGGGUCUGAUAACGUGAACACUCAACACUAUGCAAAUAUGAAGGAGCUUCUGGUGUCUCUGUUGGACCAGAUCGAUGUGAGCAGCGAGCCGAGCAGAGCCGACAGAAAAACCAGAGUGUCCGUCUACCAACAGAGCUCCGUUUAUGGCUCAUCUUACAUCAACGAGGAGUUCAGCUUCACCAAAUUUAAAGAUCGCAAUAUCAUGAAGAGGCAUAUUAAAGGUUCAGUGAAGCAAGUGGGUGGGACAUCCCAUCCAGACCUUGCUUUGGAGUGGCUGAUUACUAACGUUAUCCUUAAAGUAGAAAGACCACGAAGCAAACGAAUGGUCAUGGCUGUUUUUGGUGAAGAUUUUAAGCACAGCAAAGCUCAGCUUGAUUAUUUGUCUAGACUGUGUAAGUGUCAGAAUGUUGUGAUGUUUAUCCUCAUGGCGGGACAGAGAUUCGACUGGACACAGAUGGAGGAGCUCACCAGUUCUCCUCUGGAGCAGCACCUGGUGUUCCUGGAUGACAGAGGUUAUGGCACACGCUUCGCUUACGCCUUCCUGCAUAUGCUCCACAAAGGAAUCUUAGCCCAGCCAUUAAUACCUACUCCUGAUUGUCGUGGGUUUGUGGUGAGGCCUGUUGAAACUGGACCACAAACCACAGAGAGUGCUAUUCUGCCCACCGAAGAGCCCACUGAAGCGCCCACCGAAGAGCCUUAUGAAGAGCUCACUGAAGCGCCCACCGAAGAGCCCACCGAAGAGCCUUAUGAAGAGCUCACUGAAGAGCCCACCGAAGAGCCCAUCCCAACAGAAGAACCUUAUAACUAUUAUGAAGAUGAGCAGAACAGAGAAACAUUCAUUGAAGCCAGUCAAUAUGAUGACACUGAUCAAUAUAGAGAAGAGCACAAAAAGGACAAAAAGGAGCCCUCCAAGACUAAAGCACGCUGCUUCCUUGAGAAAGAUUCAGGCCGUGUGUGUGGAUCGUUUAUUUCCAGAUGGUAUUACAGCCAGCAAACUAAGAAAUGCAUGCGAUUCUGGUAUGGUGGUUGUGGCGGAAAUGAAAACCGAUUCUUGACUGAGGAUGAGUGCUUUAAGGAAUGUGUGUCUACAGAAUCUGAAAAUCUUCAAAAGGAUGAUUCCAGUUUCAAGGAUGUUUGCCAGCUCAUACCUGAUGCAGGAACUUGCUCAAACUUUUCAGUGAAAUGGUACUUCAACGUCAGCAGUGGUGAAUGUGUCCAGUUCUGGUAUGGAGGCUGUGACGGGAACAGCAACAGGUUCAACACCCAGGAGGAUUGUGAGAUUCGCUGUCUCAGGGCCAAAAAAAAUCUCAAAACAUCUAAACAGUGAUACAGUUGUGGUGAAAAUUGUUGGCACCCUUGGAAAAUAUGAACAAAGUAACCCGUGGAAAUAAAUCUGCAUUAAUCCUUUUGAUAUUUUAUUUUAACAUUUUAGAAAGAUCUACCUUUUAAUUGGAGAAUAAGAAUUUAAAAUGGAGGGAAAAUCUCAUUAUGAAAUAAAUGCUCAGCUAUUUUCUGUAACUCUUUAGCUGUGGUCCUUGGCCACUCAAGCUAUCCUCCUCAGCUUGCAUUAAGACAGUCUAGACACACAUCCUCUUUCAUAAUUUUACAUUUUUAUAUAACUUUAAUGCUGUAUCAGAGCACUGCCUUUUGACUGAAUUGCUUAUCAACUUUUAUGAUGGCUGUUGUUUAUUAAUUAUUAUUCAAUAAAUAAUAUUUCAUUUGCCAUCUUGAAA